GAGAGAGAGUGGACGCCUACUACGUCCAAAAAAGAAAAAAAAAAGAAGAGGAGAGAGAGCGGAGGAGCAGCCUGCGACUCAGGCAGGCGCUGCAGCCUGCCUGUUUCUCCUCUUCAAAUCACCCCAGAUUUGCGAUUCCCCCUCGCCGAUCUCGCGGCGAUGGGUGACGCGGCCGCGCCGCCGGCGGCGGUGGCGGCGGCGGCGCGGGCGGCGCGGCCGACGAGCCCGUCGCGCCCGCCCAAGGCGAUCCGCAGCACCAAGCCGCGGGGGCUCGACGAGGAGACCGCCGCGCCCGCCGCCGCCACGUUCCCCUCCAUCAAGGCCCCCUCCGCCGCCGCCGCCUCGCUCCUCCACGCCGACGUCCCCAUGGAGGCGCGCGUCUGGGCGCCCCUCCCCGACGACCUCCUCCUCGAGGUGCUCGCCCGCGUCCCGCCCUUCCUGCUCUUCCGCCUCCGCCCCGUCUCCCGCCGCUGGGACUCCAUCCUCCACGACCCGGCCUUCCUCGCCGCGCACGCCGGGGUCCCCUCCCACGGGCCCUGCCUCCUCACCUUCUGGAGGGGCGCCGCGAGCUCGCCGCCGCAGUGCAGCGUGCUCAGCCUGCCCCUCCGCGCCCGCUACAAGCUCCCGUUCGGCUUCCUCCCCGCCUGGGACCUCUGGCUAGUCGGCUCCUCGGGGGGUCUCGUCUGCUUCUCCGGCUUUGACGGCGCCGGAUUCCGCACCGUGGUUUGCAAUCCGCUCACGCAGACCUGGCGGGUGCUCCCGGACAUGCAUUACAACCAGCAGCGGCAGCUGGUGCUCGCGGUGGAUAAGAAGCGCAGGUCGUUCAAGGUAAUCGCCGCGAGCGAUGUCUAUGGGGACAAGACGCUCCCCACCGAGGUCUAUGACUCCAAGGAGAAUAAGUGGUCAGUGCAUCAGAUGAUGCCUGCGGCGAAUCUGUGCUCGUCGAAGAUGGCGUUCUGUGACUCCAGGUUGUACUUGGAGACGCUCUCGCCACUGGGGCUGAUGAUGUAUAGAGUGGAUGCGGGCAAUUGGGAGCAUAUACCAGCCAAAUUCCCACGGUCGCUGCUGGAUGGAUAUCUAGUUGCAGGAGCUCGCACACGGUUGUUCUUGGUAGGAAGGAUUGGGCUAUACAGCACACUGCAGAGUAUGAGGAUCUGGGAGCUUGAUCAUGGUAGGACAGUCUGGGUAGAGAUAAGCCGGAUGCCGCCCAAGUACUUCAGGGCUUUGCUGAGGUUGUCUGCUGAAAGGUUCGAGUGCUUUGGGCAGGACAACUUGAUAUGUUUCACAUCGUGGAACCAGGGAAAAGGUCUUCUAUACGAUGUGGAUAAGAAGGCUUGGUCAUGGAUUGCUGGUUGUGCAAGCCAGCUUUGCAAUAGCCAGAUCUGUUUUUAUGAGCCAAGAUUUGACACGUUGAUCUAUUGACAAUGGUAGAGAUGUCCUGCGAAGGCUCAAGCUCAAAUGCUUCUCAGUUCAGUAUCUGGAUUCAGUACAUUUUUCUAUUGGAGCAAGGCUACCAGCCAUAUCAAGUGCUGGGAUCGAUAGUGUUUUCUUCCUCGAGACUGUAAGUUGAGAUAUUUCAACAAAGAGUUGAGUGGCCAACAAUGACAAAUCAUGCCAUUGGAGAUCCAUCGAUCCUUUGUUACUUGAGAAGUUAUGUUGUAUGACAAUGCUGUAUGAGGAUAUAUGGAAGGAAGUAUCAUCAGAAAUAGAGGUCCGCUUGUUCCCAUUCCAUUUUGUUAGCAAAUCCGUGACUUGUAAAAUAUUCCAUUUUCAUCUCUUAAAUGAAAAUCAUUAGCAUCUUGUUCUAUAAGAAGGAAUGAUUGUGUUCACUCGAUUCAUGGAAUUCUAUCUGAAAUAUAGCACAAUUUCAGUUUGUCA